GUCCGUCGAUUUUCACUCUAUCCCCCACCCCGUUUCACGCCUAUGGUCUCCUCCAAAGCUCCGGCAAUCAAGUGGACGGCGCCGCCGGCACCUUCCCACGUCCUCCAGUUAAUCCGCUCCGAGCGUGACAUACAGAAAGCUCUGCUCAUCUUCGAAUCCGCCUCCAACGAGUAUUCCUCCGGCUACCGCCAUGACCAUUCAACCUUUGCACUUAUGGCCACCCGCCUCGCCGCCUCGGGCCUUCACCGUCCCGCUGAAUCCCUCCUAUCCCGUGCCUUCUCCGAGCUAGGUGACCCUCCUGCGGAACCCUCCUUCCUCCCCCUCAUCCGCGCUUACUCCCGCGCCCACCUCCCUCUCGACGCCCUUCGUCUCUUCCGUCGCAUGACCUCCGACUUCCUCCUUCGCCCUUCCCACCGCUCCUACAACGCCGUCCUCGCCGCUCUCGUUGCAAACAACCAUCUUUCCCUUGCCAAAACCCUCUUCAACGAGAUGAAGGUGAGCGGUGUCCCCUUCACUGUUUCGUCUUUCAAUAUCCUCAUCAAGGCCCUUUGCUCCUCCGGCGUCAUUGAGGCCGCAUUCCGCAUAUUCCAUCAAAUGCCAGACCGAGGAUGCCCGCCGGACGCCUGCACUUACAGCACUUUAAUCGACGGGCUUUGCCAGCAUGGAAGAGUUGAUGAUGCAUGUAAGCUGUUUGAUGAAAUGCCGCAACAUGGGCUUUCACCCACGGUAAUCACUUUUACUUCUUUGAUGCAUGGUUUGUGCAGGUCUGGCCAGUUCGAACAUGCUCUCAAGGUGUUUGAUGAGAUGUGUAAGAAAGGGGUUAAGCCCAAUGUGGUCACCUAUAGCUCAUUAAUUGAUGGACUCUGUAAAGGUGGCCGAGCAAUGGAGGCAAUGGAGUUGUUAGAGCAGAUGAGGAAACAGGGAUGCUUGCCAAAUGUUGUCACCUAUACUGCUCUUAUCAAUGGUUUAUGCGGCGAAGAAAAACUCCGAGAAGCAUUAGAGGUUUUCGAUAAGAUGAGGCUCCAUGGGAGAAAGCCAGAUGCUGGACUGUUUGGGAAGAUUAUCAAAAGGUUCUGUGCAUCUAACAGAUAUCAGGAAGCUGCAAACUAUUUGGAUGAGAUGGUUCUUAGUGGAAUUGUGCCAAACAGAUUAACUUGGUGCCUUCAUGUUAGGAUUCACAAUAUGGUGAUAAGAGGGCUUUGUAGCUCAGGGGAGAUAAUUCGAGCUUUUCAGGUUUACCUUUCGUCGAGGAAUCGGGGAAUUUCAGUUGAGCCUGAGACAUAUAGUCUUCUUCUGGAGUUGUCCUGCAAGAAAGGGGAUGUUCAGAAGGCUUCAAGCAUUGUUGAUGAGAUGAUGAUUGAUGGGUGCAUUCCUGAUCAUACUUCAUGGUGUUCAAUUCUGGAUGUAUUAUGGGCUUCGAGAAAGGUUAGGGAAGAAGCUGAGUUGAUGUGGGAUAAACUGGUCUGUGGAGUUGGAGAUCAUGGAGCCUCUGAAGGUAAUCAAAAUUAUGGUUAUGCUUAGUUUGGCAUACAAAAAAAGUUGUGUUAGCAUAUCCUGAUAUAAUUUUGAUUAGGAUAGACGAUGAAAUUAUUUUAUUUGAGUUGAGAUUAAUGAUAUAUAUACCAAUCAGUAAAAUUUGGUUUCAUUCAUUAAUAUUUGUGUU